CCUCCGGUGCUUCGGAGAACAGAGGACGCGAGGCCGCCAGAGGGGAAGACGACGAGCUGCAGCUACUGCCGGCGGCAACUGUCACGCCGGGCAGCAAUUGGUUGAUUCCGGCGUGUUCGACGGCGCCGGCCAGCCGCAUCAAUGCUAGCUCACCCGGGAGGGGUCGGGGUGAUCCGGGCGUCGGUGACCAGGGAGCCCCUCUUCUCCUUCGGCGUCAUCGCGGACGUGCAGUACGCCGACAUCCCGGACGGCCGCUCCUUCCUCGGCGUACCUCGGUACUACCGCCACAGCAUCACCGUGCUCCAGCGGGCGGUCCGGAGCUGGAACAGCCACAAGGCCGGCGUCAAGUUCUGCAUCAACUUCGGGGACAUCGUCGACGGCUUCUGCCCCAAGGACAGGUCGCUGUCCGCCGUGCAGGCCGUGGUGGCGGAGUUCGACCGGUUCCGCGGCGGCCCGGCGUACCACAUGCUCGGCAACCACUGCCUGUACAACCUCCCCAGGAGCGAGCUGGUGUCCGUGCUGCGGAUGCCCGGCCGCGCCUACUACGAGUUCUCGCCGUGGCCCGGGUACAGGUUCGUGGUGCUGGACGCGUACGACUUCAGCGCCGUCGGGUGGCCGCGCGACCACCCGGUGGCGCUGGCGGCGAGGCGGUUCCUGGAGGAGCGGAACCCGAACGCCGACAAGAACAGCCCCACGGGACUGGCCGGGGAGGACCGACGGUUCGUGAUGUUCAACGGCGGCGUCGGCGAGGAGCAGCUGCGGUGGCUGGACGGCGCCCUGCGGAGCGCGUCGCGGCGCGGGGAGACCGUGGUGGUGUGCAGCCACCUGCCGCUCCACCCGGGCGCGGCGUCCCCCGCGGGGCUCAUGUGGAACUACGAGGAGGCGCUGGCCGUGGUGCACCGGCACGGCUGCGUCGCGGCGUGCCUCGCCGGGCACGACCACAGGGGCGGGUACGCCGUGGACGCGCGCGGCGUGCACCACCGCACCCUGGAGGCCGCGCUCGAGUGCCCGCCCGGCACCGACUCCUUCGGCCGCGUCGACGUGUUCCCCGGCAGGCUCUCGCUCGCCGGCUCCGGCAGGAUGGCCAGCACCGAAAUGCCGCUCCCCGUACCCCGAGUGAGCUAGCUUGCUAGUAGCUGCUGCUGCGCCAUGGCCACCGGCACAGAGACCUUGCUAGUUCUACUCGAUCCACGGGCUGCCCCACUGUGUAGCCACUAGCUCGCAACCGUAACCGCGAUAGCUGUCUCUGCAACGAUUUACCGUCUCAAACUGAUAAUGAUCCCAUCCAAUUCAUCGCUU